AUGCCGUUCCCUUUCAUUCUCCCAACGACUUCGGCUUUCUCAUUCUCAUCAAGCUUCAGCUCCGAGUCUCAUCCUUCACUGCCCCUCAACGCCAGCACAUAUCGUGGAGUAGUUCGAGAUGCCCUGAAAAAGCACAAGAGACUUCCUCCAAGCUCUCAGGUCUCAAAUCUAAACACAGUCAUUUCCAGCGUCAAUGGCUACAUCCCCUACCUACUAGCAGUGGACGACGGUCUAAGUAACGAGGGUCUGUCUAUCGUUACGCAAAAGACGCCCCCGGCUAUCGAAUGGAGACCAACUUUAUCUGGAGAAGUCGUCCCAGGACGUGAGAGGGCCAGGGUCAAGAUUUCAUCUUUAGAACAUGAAAUUGCCUUCGUACUCUCAACUCUGGGCUUCUCUCAUGUUCUGACAGCUCGAUCUGCCCUACAACCACUUUAUUCAACCAGUAGCGAGUUUCUCGGGGCCCAGGAGCGAACAAAUGCAAUCACAACCGCAACGAAAUGUCUCCUCGACGCUGCUUCCGUGUAUGAUUAUCUCGCAGGUCGAAUGGAGCACGCUACAGCUACCUCUCCAUGUCCUGACGUUGCUCCCGGAACAGCUCGAGCCUUGUGUUCUCUAGCGUUGGCUGAAGCUACGCUACUAGCCGUUCUUAAAGACGAUCCGUAUCCAGCAAUAGUCGCUCAGGACCGGAACAAGAACGACAAGGAGUGGAUGUUCAAGGCCCCUGAAAUUCCAAAAGUUCGCGCUCAUCUUUAUGCCCGGCUGUGUUUAGCAGCCUCAGAACAUGCAGCCAAAGCAUCAUCUCUAUGCAGCACAGCAGGUUCUGGCUCGCAUAAGAUCAACAGUGCUCUUCUGAAAUAUCUAGAAGAUCUUCGCCGAACAUGUCGAGCUCGCGCUUGUCGCUUCUUUGGAAUCGAUGCCGAGAUAGGCGGCCAGGUUGCAGACGGCAUUGGAUGGGUUCGUGCCGGCUUAUCAGAGCUAGGUGUUGAGAUCAAAGACAACAAGAAGGGACUAAGCUUCAGCCGAUUAAAGAAAGAUUUCACAGAAAAGCGCGAGGAUCGACGUGUAGAUAAGGAGUCUGCAUGGGGAAGCGAUGCUGGUAAGAUGGAGGAGAUUCGGGUACUAGAGAUGCUUGAUGCCAAGUGGAACAAAGUUAAUGAUACGAUGAAUACACAAGCAAUACCCCCCAUCAACACACUCCUCAGCAAGAUGCCGUCUGGGCGAGAGAUUCACACACUCAAGCCCUACGAAGUGCCCUCACUGGACAGGGAUGUACUCGAAGCCAUGCGCGCGCCGCCUGAAGACGAUGAUACAUAUGUCGAUGAUCUAAGUUCGGAUGACGAUAUCAAGGGCGGACCUUCAGCACCUGUUGGCGCGUUCCCAGGAACGGUAGAUGAUUAUGCACGAAGUCCAAGCACACCAGGCAAUGCCUACUACUAG